GGUGGCGCAGCAGAAGCUGCGGGAGCCGGAACCGAAACCACACCCACGUCGCUGCUCCUGUCCUCUUUUGCCCUCUCGGCGUCCCACCGGAGACCGCGUUCCCGGAGGAGAGCGGCCGCCCACUCCCCGAGCAUCCUCCCCUGUCGAGCGGGUGCUGACAGACCCAGCGGCAUGAUGCGACUGCGAGGCUCGGCGAUGCUGCGGGACCUGCUCCUGCGGCCUCCCGCCGCCACCUGCGCGGCUCUGAGGCGGGCACAGCCCCUCGCCACACAGUGCCGGCGUCCUCAAGGCGGGGGACAGGGGGCCGCGGGUCCAGCGGCCGCCGCGCGACUCUACCCGUGGUGGGGCGGGGGCGGCCGGCCGGCGGGUCCCCUCGCGCGGGCACUGUCUAGCUCCCCCUCGGAGAUCCUGCAGGAGCUGGGCAAGGGGGGCCCGCAGCAGCAGCAGCAGCAGCAGCAGCAGCAGCAGCAACCCGGGGCGUCGCCGCCCGCGGCCCCAUCGGCUCCCGGCCCCAAGGACGGCUCCGGGGAGACUGACGCGUUCGGCAACAGUGAGGGCAAGGACCUGGUGGCCUCAGGCGAAAAUAAAAUAAAACAGGGUCUGUUACCUAGCUUGGAAGAUUUGCUGUUCUAUACAAUUGCAGAAGGACAAGAGAAAAUACCUGUUCAUAAAUUUAUUACAGCACUCAAAUCUACAGGAUUGCGAACGUCUGAUCCCAGGUUGAAAGAGUGUAUGGAUAUGUUAAGAUUAACUCUUCAAACAACAUCAGAUGGUGUCAUGCUAGACAAAGAUCUUUUUAAAAAAUGUGUUCAGAGCAACAUUGUUUUGUUGACACAAGCCUUUAGAAGAAAGUUUGUCAUUCCUGACUUUAUGUCUUUUACCUCUCACAUUGAUGAGUUAUUUGAAAGUGCUAAAAAGCAGUCUGGAGGAAAGGUUGCAGAUUAUAUUCCUCAGCUAGCCAAGUUCAGUCCUGAUUUGUGGGGUGUGUCUGUGUGUACAGUAGAUGGACAGAGGCAUUCUAUUGGAGAUACCAAAGUUCCAUUUUGUCUUCAGUCCUGUGUAAAACCUUUGAAAUAUGCCAUUGCUGUUAAUGAUCUUGGAACAGAAUAUGUGCAUCGAUAUGUUGGGAAAGAGCCAAGUGGAUUAAGAUUCAACAAACUGUUUUUAAAUGAAGAUGAUAAGCCACACAAUCCUAUGGUAAAUGCUGGAGCAAUUGUUGUGACUUCAUUAAUAAAGCAAGGAGUGAAUAAUGCUGAAAAAUUUGACUAUGUGAUGCAGUUUUUGAAUAAGAUGGCUGGCAAUGAAUAUGUUGGAUUCAGUAAUGCGACGUUUCAGUCUGAAAGAGAAAGUGGAGAUCGAAAUUUUGCAAUAGGAUAUUACCUAAAAGAAAAAAAGUGUUUUCCAGAAGGCACAGACAUGGUUGGUAUAUUAGACUUCUAUUUCCAGCUAUGCUCCAUUGAAGUAACUUGUGAAUCAGCCAGUGUGAUGGCUGCAACACUGGCUAAUGGUGGUUUCUGUCCAAUUACUGGUGAGAGAGUACUGAGCCCUGAAGCAGUUCGAAAUACACUGAGUUUGAUGCAUUCCUGUGGCAUGUAUGAUUUCUCAGGGCAGUUUGCUUUCCAUGUUGGUCUUCCUGCAAAAUCCGGAGUUGCUGGGGGCAUUCUUUUAGUUGUCCCCAAUGUCAUGGGCAUGAUGUGCUGGUCUCCUCCUCUGGACAAGAUGGGCAACAGUGUUAAGGGAAUUCAUUUCUGUCAUGAUCUUGUUUCUCUCUGUAAUUUCCAUAACUAUGAUAAUCUGAGACACUUUGCAAAAAAACUUGAUCCUCGAAGAGAAGGUGGUGAUCAAAGGCAUUCCUUUGGACCAUUGGACUAUGAAAGUCUCCAACAAGAACUUGCUUUAAAAGAGACAGUAUGGAAAAAAGUGUCACCUGAGUCAAAUGAGGACAUCUCUACAACUGUAGUAUAUAGAAUGGAAAGUCUGGGAGAGAAAAGCUAAAGAAAUGGGUUCUAGUUUCAGAAUGUUCUUCAUUUAACCUCUCAAACAUCUUUAGCUUUUUUGCAUACUAUAAAUAUUUAUUUGAGUUUUUUGUGUUCUCAACCUUGGGUGCUGGAGCCAUAAAGCUUUUUUUCCUUUUAAUUUUCGUAUAAAGAUAAGAGAUUAAAAAGUGGAUUUGUUGGUCUUUAAAAAAGUAUUUAUAAAUAAGUAAAGCAAAUUUGCUUUAUUUUUGAAGAUGCAAAAAGGAAAAAUUCCUUUAAAUUUUUUCAUGGUAUAAUUAAAAUUUUAACUUAAUCCUCAUUUUAAAAUAGUAACAAAUAUUUAAUUUUUUGGUUCUAAAACCCACACACUGAACUCAUAAAUUUCAUUACAUUUUGUAUUUUCUUUCCCAUUUUAAAACUUACAUGAUGUCUGUAGGGGCAGUAGAAAGUUAUUUCUAUGCUAAAUACAAAACUAAAAAGGCAAAAUUAAUGAAUCCCAAAUUAUUUAAUAUAGCAGUAGAUUAUAAAGUUAGCUUAAGUUUACAUUUUAUGCCAUUUUUAGUGAUAGAUUGGCUUUAAAUUUUUAAAACUUCAUUUUAAAUUUUAUCAAACACUUCAAAAUAUAAAUCAUGUCUUUGCUUUUUUUAUUUUGCAAUUCCUCUAUGUUCUGUCAAAAUUGUCAUGUACAGGAGUGUCUUAUGUUACUAAAACAUUCCAGCCAAAGAAUUUCAGAAGUAAGAUAAUGACGUUUCACUGUUAAAAAGCUAUAAUGGUUACUCAGAAGGAGCAACAGUGGGUGUCUUCAAGUGAAAUGUUUACCUGAACAAUUUUAUUUUCAUAUUAUCCACGUUACUUUUUCUGUGUUAUAUUUAAGUAUGAAUGGUGAAGUCUUGGGUUUUAGCUUUUAAUAUUUUUAUUAUCCCAAUAAUUUCACAAAUGCUAAUGAAUCUUUUAUGAUAAAUUAUAAUAACAUCUCAUAAAGUUUGUUUUAUUUGAACUCUUUUGGAGUACUUAGGAAAUGAAUUCAAUCUGAUGGUAGUAAGUAUGCUACUAAAAUGUUAGAUCUGAAUCCUUUUGUUUGGUUAUAAAAUGCAAUAUUGAGAAUCAAAACUUGUUUUUAAGAGAAGGACUAUUUUGAAUAAUUUAAAAUGUUUAAAGUCUGUCUUGGCAAAGUGAUUGUAAAAUUCUGUAGGACCUAUUCACACUUCUUCCUUCUUCCAAAUAUCUCUUCGGUUUUCCCCCAGUUUC